CACUGCACAUGAAGCUGCAGUGCAGCCCGACAGAAGGGACGUGGGCAGGUACUACUACUACGACGUGCAACCUGCGCCUUGCAGCAAUGUGCAGGGCAGCUCUCGACUUCUGCACAGAACGUACAAACAACGCUGUGCUAGCAGGCAAGGGGAACAGUGAGCUACAUUGCGGGAAUUGAAUGGCGCCCGGGGAGGAACAGGGGGCAUCCGCCAGUCAGCCUGGCGGGUUUCGUUUCCCGUGGACAUUUGACAAGCGGGAAGCAGGUGGAGAGGCAGUCGAGGUGGAGGCUGUCCCGGUGACAGUCAUCAGAGUUCCGGCGCAAACCACAGUGGUCACGCCUCCUGCAGUGAGGCCCGCUGUGGGAGGCGCCCCCCGGAGACGGUGGGGUAAGCUAACGACGCAGUAUGAUAGCGACACAAAUGUGUUUCAAAACAAGCUGAGCACGCGGCUGUGGCAUGACCGCAUCAAGCUGAAAGCGUCGUGGGACUUUUUGCCGGAGGAGCGCCGCUUUGAGGGCCCCACCCUGGGCGUGUUCACCAAGGUCUUCUCCGCGCAGCUCAACGUCCCGGAGGAGGCGCCCUUCCUCACCUUCACCCAGCCGCUGGGCCGCAACCUCAAGCUGCGCUACGAGCACGAUGUCAAGGAACAUGAGGGGGCGCUGGUGGCGCAGGCGGAGAGCCAGAGCAAGGGCCUGCGGGGCAACGGCGUGUUUGCCGUCAAUGAAAAGACACUGAUCACGGGCAGCGUGGCGUGUCCGCUUGGGCAGCUGAGCUAUCAGCACUUUGACGACGCGGUGCCGGCGGGGGUCACGGCGGCGCUCAAGCUGCCGCUGCUGCGCGGGACGCUCCUGGCUGAGGGCCACAGCGCGCUGCGGACGCUGGACCUCACGUAUCGCUACAAGGAUGACGACGUGACGGUGAUCCCUUCGGUGCUGCUGCCCACCCUCCAGAGCAGCUGCGUCUUCAAGCGGCGCUUCAACAACGGCCACAAAGUCAGCUUCCGCUACUUCCCGGGCACCACCGAGUUCGACACUCAGUACAAGUACAGCCGGCGGUCACUGCUGUACAAGGCCGGGUACACGUCCAGCCAGGGCGUCUUCUGGGCGGGCCUGUGGGCUGGCAAGAAGGACGACCCCGUGACGAAAGAGAAGAGGAGGUUGAAGUGGCAACUAAUGCUGCAAGUCGACCAGAAAAAUCCGGAAAAUGCUUCUUUAUUGUUUGGGUUCAAAAAGAGGUUCGACAUCGGCUGGUUCUGAACAGGUGUUGAGCAAAACGUGUUGCGAACGGCCUCGUUCAGGGCCAUGCUUACUUUUGCCCUCCGCUUGCUCCUGCCAUCCUUUCUCUGGAGCUUCGCGUCCCCAAUCUUGCACUCCUGCAUGGUUACAACGCGUGCUUGAC